UCGUAGUAAAGAUAGAGGUGAAUCAGCUGUAGAACUAAUAAAAGAAGAAACAAAAAAUGACGCAGUUGAAUUUUUACAAUUGGAUCUACAAAGUUUAAAUUCUGUUAAGGUUGCUGCUGAAACAUUUUUGGCCAGAAAAUUACCAUUGCAUAUUCUAGUUAAUAAUGCCGGUAUUAUGGCAACUCCAUUUGCGACAACUGUAGAUGGCAUUCAAGAUCAGUUUGGCACUAAUCAUAUUGGCCAUUUUGUCUUCACACUCUUGCUGUUGCCAACCAUCAAAGCUUCGGCUCCAUCACGUAUUAUAAAUGUUAGCAGUGAGGCUUAUAGACUUGCACCUUCACCAGCGGGUAUAGAAUUUGAAAAGUUGAAUGAUCCAAAGGCUCAUACCGCUUUUCAAAGAUACAAUCAAUCAAAACUCGCAAAUAUUUUAUUUACUCUUGAACUUAAUAAAAGACUUUCAGGAACAAAUGUAUAUUGUAAUUGUCUUCAUCCAGGUGUCAUAAAGACUGAGUUAAUGCGUGGAGUGGUUGCUGACUGGGGAUCUUGGGUAAAACCAAUUCUCUCUGUAAUUACCUUUUUCUUUUUAACACCUGAUGAUGGUGCUUUAACUCAACUUUAUUGUGCUACAAGUCCUGAAAUUGAGGAGAAAAAUCUCCGUGGAAAAUAUUUUGUACCAUUUGGUAAAGUAGGUGAACCUAGUGCUAAAGGUAAAGACGAAGAAUUGGCAAAAAAAUUAUGGGAUUUUUCUGAAAAUUUUGUUAAAGAAAAACUUGGUGCUAACAUUUUUAUGACAGGUGGAAAUACUGGUAUAGGAAUCAUAACAGUAAGAGAAUUAGCCCGUAAAAAUGCUCAUGUAUUCGUUGCAAGUCGUAGUAAAGAUAGAGGUGAAUCAGCUGUAGAACUAAUAAAAGAAGAAACAAAAAAUGAUGCAGUUGAAUUUUUACAAUUGGAUCUACAAAGUUUAAAUUCUGUUAAGAUUGCUGCUGAAACAUUUUUGGCCAGAAAUUUACCAUUGCAUAUUCUAGUUAACAAUGCCGGUAUUUCGGCAACUCCAUUUGCGACAACUGUAGAUGGUAUUCAAGAUCAGUUUGGCACUAAUCAUAUUGGCCAUUUUGUAACUUCGGCUCCAUCACGUAUUGUAAAUGUUAGCGGUGGUCUUCAUAAACUUAUAUCUUCACCAGCAGGAAUAGAAUUUGAAAAGUUGAACGAUCCAGAGGCUCAGACUCCUUUCCAAAGAUACAGUCAAUCGAAGCUUGCAAAUAUUUUAUUUACUCUUGAACUUAAUAAAAGGCUUUCAGGAACAAAUGUUUAUUGUAAUAGUCUCCAUCCAGGUGUCAUAAAGACUGAGUUAUCGCGUGGAGUGGUUGCUGACUGGGGAUUUUGGAUAAAGCCAAUUAUUUAUAUAUUUUCAUUAUUCCUGUUAUCACCUGAUGAUGGUGCUUUAACUCAACUUUAUUGUGCUACAAGUCCUGAAAUUGAAGAAAAAAAUCUUCGUGGAUUAUAUUUUGAACCAUUUGGUGAAGUAGGUGAACCUGCUACUCAAGCUAAAGACGAAGAAUUGGCAAAAAAAUUAUGGGAUUUUUCUGAAAAUUUCGUUAAAGAAAAGUUGGGUGAUGACAUUUUUAGCAAAUGUUAUGCAUAA